CCUUCGUUUCGAGCAGCCUACCGAGACUUACAGCAAAGCCGACCUCGCUAUCAACCUGAAGCUCAAGCGCGAUCCACCUGGGAGGCUUUCUGCACUGUGAUUCUUCCUCAUCUUCUCCCCCUCCCCCCUCGACCCCACCGCCGGUUCAUCCCAUAUAUCAUUCGCACCGAUCACUUUCUUCGGAAAGCGCCCGUACAUUCGGUUCCGACGAACCUCGACAUUGCAUAGUGACGCUUGGCAUUGACGCCGGCGAAUGCUGACGCCCAAGGAAGGCUUGCGCGGACUAUUCCUCGAUCCCCAUUGAGGGGGGUUGUUGACAUGAAUCCGGCAAACUUCUCCAAUGUUGGUGGGGGCAUGAAUGGUGGAGUCAGACCGCAUAACCAGAUGCAACUCCAGCAAAAGCAGUCCGAAACCAACCAAGUAAUCCUAAACCAAGUCGGCCAGGCGCUGCAGGCACAGGGUCAAUAUUCGGGUUGGCGAGCUGAUGUGAAUAUUAAAGAGCGGGCGGUGAAGGUGUAUCAGAUGCUCACCUCGCUUCGCCUGAUUCAACCCCGAAUCGAUAUACAACACGCUGCCCAUGCUGCUUUGACUUUCGAACAAAAGGCGUUCAAAGACGCUAGGGAGAAGGUCGAUUACGAAAGAGAGUGUAAUGAGAAGCUCCAUCACAUUCGCGACACUCGUGCAAGGCAGGCGGCUGUGAUGCAAGGCGGAAUUAUGCCCCAAGGGCCUGCGGCGGGAAUGCCUGGGGUAGGACAGUCGCCAUACCCUCCCCGGAUGAAUCAAUCUGUACCAGCAUCCCAAAUGUCCGGACAGCAGCAGAUGCAAAUGGGUAUGGGCGAUUUAACUCAACAAGCUGCAAUGCAGCAGCGUCAACAAUCGCAGCAGCAACAUCAAAACAUGCUUCAGCAGCAGCAGCAACAGCAACCGCAGCAACCGCAGCCGCAACAACAACGCCCACAGCAGAGGCCAGGUAACGGGUCAGCGCUUUCGGACGAUUUGAACACUCUUUCUGCUCAAGAAUACGAUCAAGUUUGUCGUGUAGCAAACCAGAUCAUUUCGAAAACUCCCCAAGAAGAUCUUGAGAAGAUUAAGGUGAAUCUGCAGAACAUGACACCAGAGCAGCGAGGUUACCUGGCCAGAAAGAACAUGGAUCCAAUCACCUACUUCUUUCGCUCGCAGGCUCUAAAUCAACUGAGGAGGCAUAAGCGGAGCCGGAUGGAAAUGGCCCGCGCGCCUGGUACUGGGGUUGACCCUAAUAGUGCGAUUAUGGGAGACCCCAUGCAUCCACAACGGCAGAUGUUUCAAAAUAUGAUGAAUCUCCAAAGAAACUCAUUUUCCAUGGGGGGCCAACAAAACUUGGAUCCAUCGUCAUUCAUCGGUAAUGUUGAGAACAUACAGGGACAGCAGGCCGAUGGCUUGCGCUCCCAGGAGGCGGGCCAGCUUGUGGUUCCCGCUAGCUCCUCGCAGAUGAACCAGCCGCCAUUCACAACACAGCAGAAUAUGUUUCCGGUCGGAGGACAGCUCGGCCAGAACGCUCAAGGUAAUAUGAACGGCUCUGGGAUAAGUCCUCAGUUUAUUGCCCAACAACAUGCACAGAACGCACAGAAUAUGCAGCAAGAUCGCCCUCAGCAGGCAUCUCAGUUCCCGGCGCAACCGCAAGCACAAAAUCAAUCGGCCCAAGAUCAAGCACGGGUGCAAGCGGCAGCAAAAGUGCAAUUCGCCAUGUCUCACCAAAACCAGCCAAACGCACGAAUGCAACACCAAAUGACACAGCAAAGCCCGGCGAUGCCCAUGCUGAAUCGACCAAUGGCCCCGGGACAAAUGUCACCCGCACAAGUAGCUGCGCAAGUCCGGCCUCCAUCUCGCCCCCCUGGUAUGGGGCAACCGCCUGCCAGCGCUCAGACUAUGAACGGACAGACCCCUAUCCCAAGGCCCCAAAUCCCUCCGAACCUUCCACCGGCGGUCCAGGAACAACUCAAUUCGAUGAGCAACGAACAACUAAGCAUGGUCUUGCUGAACAACCAACGCCGUGCCAUGGCAAACAACCAGGCCGCCCUUGCACGCGCAAACGCCUCCCAACAGUCCAUGCCGAUGCAGCAGAAUUUAUCGCAAUCUGGUCAAGGUCAGCAGAUGGUGAACGGCCAGAUGAUGAACGGCCAGAUGGGCAAUGGUCAGAAUCUAAGAGCCAUGAACCUACAGCAAAUCGCUGGCAUGGCCGGCGCCCAGCAGCCUAACCAAAUGCUGCCAAAUCAGAUGUCUGUCCAGCAACGCCAGCAGCAACAGCAGCAACAGCGCCAGCAGGAUGCCUAUAAACUUCAGAUUCUUCGCCAGCAUGGUGGUGGUGGAGGGCCCGAAAUGUCUCAGGAGCAGGUCAAGGAAAUGGACCGGUUGAAUUUCCCUCCAGCUGUGCUCAACAGUAGCAACCCAAGUGUGGCAGCCGUCCCGAAAAACCUAAGAAGUUGGGGUCAAUUGAAACAAUGGGUAGCCUCAAACCCACAGCCGAUGGGAGGUCUCGACCUCGGGAAAUUGAUUGCGCUGCAAAGGAUUCAUCUAUUACAAAUAGCCAGCCAGUCAAAAGACGCCGGCCGCAAUCCUGAGCAGGGUUCUUGGAUGCCAAUGCAGUUUCAAGGUCAGCCGCAGCCGUUGAUGAACCCACAACUUCAAGCCGGCCAGCAACAGAUGCCAGUCAAUAUGCCGCCCGUGCGGUCCAUCACUGCACAAGAACUUCAACUGGCCCGUGUCCGCCUUGGUAGCCAGGCGCAGAACAUAAGUGACGAGCAACUCCGUGAUCUGAUUAUGAAAAAUCGACAGAGGCAAAUGCACAUGGCUCGACAGGCACAUGUACAACAACAGGCUUUGGUAGCCCAGCAGCAGGCUCAGCAGGCCCAACAAGCUCAGCCGGCUCCGCAAGCCCCGGUCACUGUGCCGCCUAACAUGCCUGAGAUCAAGCAAGAAUCACAGCCUCCCCAACUGACGGCGCCACAGACCCAGCAAAGCUUGACAACGAAAGCCCAAGCGCAGCCCGUACCACCGGUCAAAAGCGCUAAAGGACCCCCCGCAAAACAGGCGCCGAAGAGAAAGCUGCAGAACGAUGAGCCCGCAGAAUCCCAAUCCACUACACCCACACAAAAACCAAACCAGCCUGCCACUUCUCAGCCGGGGCCAGUCCCUGCACAGGCUAGAAGUAAUAUCCCCUUCACUCGUGAACAGCUGGCUUCCAUGUCACCCCAACAACGCGCAGCGUUUGAGGCACACUUACGAAGACAGCAACUCCAGGGUCGCGGUUCAGUCAACAGAGCGUCCGCGGAGGAGUCAUGGAACAAUUUGCCUGAAAAGAUCAGGCAGGUUUACAAUGAAUUGUCGAAAACUUUACCCCAAGCGGAACCCGUCCCCAUUACAUCCGAGCAGAAGGCGGCCAUGUCUCAGCAGAUUCGGGAUACCACGGAUUAUCUCGGUAGAAUGGAUGCGCUUGUCCAGUUUAUUGCUAAGGUCCCUGGCCAAGAGCGAAACGUGCGCAGCCUUCUCCAGAUGCGGGUAUUGUUAAUGCGGCAGUUCAAAGCCGGGCCCGACUGGGCGCUCAAUGAUCAGAUCACCGUUACGCCGGAUUAUUUUACAGGCACAACCAAUUAUAUUAAGAGACUAUUCCACCACAUGAUUGCACGCGUGAACCAACAGCAAAACCAGCCACAGGGCCAGCGGCCUGGCGUCGCGCAAGGAGCACCUGUCCCACAGGCAACCCAACCCAACAUGCCCGCUCUGAAUGCAAGCAAUCUGCAGCAACUGCAGCAGCAGGAAGAAGCACUUCAACGGGCCCGCAGAGCCUCCAGCCAGACUGUAUCGGGUGCCGCUGCUAUACCACAGGCGCCGUUUGGGGCGCCAUCUCCCCAAGGGGUUCCUCACGCCUAUGGCCCUGCCAGCAUGCCUCCGGAGCAAUUGAAACUUCCUCCCCCGAAGAAACGGAAGCAGUCUCACGCUGGUGCCCUGCCGGCCUCCGGGACACCAGUGUCCAAGACUCAGUCGAGCAAGCCGGCCGAUUUCAAGUCCACUGGCGUGGCCCCGGGCGGCGCGUUCAAAUGCGGCGUUCCCGAUUGUCAAAAUCACUACCAAGGUUUCGCGACUCAGAACGCUCUGGAUAAGCAUGUUGAAGAGGCCCAUAAGGUUGAGGAGCCUAUCGACAACCCAUUGGAGUUUGCCCUUGAAAGUUUCCGCAACAGCCUUAUCAAGGAGGAAGAUCGGAAUGAGCUGCAAGGCAUGAAGGGUAUUCCGCAGGCCUCUGGCAAGCCCGGCACAACCUCAUCGCCUUCGAAGAAUGAGAUCAAACUCGAGGGCGCGACUCCAGUUCUCGGUAGUGCAACCCCCAUGGCGCGAGCUGCCAGCCAAUUAGGCCCAAAACCUGGUUCUCCGACAUUGAAUCAGCAACUGACCCCUCGCACGUCUGCCGGAAAAGCACCCACCUCGUCCCCCCUUAAACCAACCACAGCCAAGGACGGCAAGAAGGAACCCGUCAAACCAACCGAACCGGGACAAGCCUCUGGUGAUGCGGUUGCUAGAGAUCCAUGGGCCGACAGUGCGGUUUCUCUUGAGGCAAUCCAGGAGACUUUCCUGGACUUUGGAGAUGAAGGGGGCCUCGGAUUUGGUGCUAUGGACGAAUUUCUGAACCCCGAGAUGUUCACCAACAACCAGGCGAAAGACACGCCGGAUUCCGUGGAGACUGGCCUCGUCACGCAGACCCCGAAGGAUAGCGAGCUUCCUAAGCUCGAUGAUCUGAACGGCAAGAAAGGCGACAUGACGGACGAUAACUGGAUCCCGGCAGAUUGGAUCAGUUUCCCGGGCCGGCCCGAAGAUGGGUUCCUGAUGAAUGACUCGUGGGAGGACUUCGACUGGGACAUGGUCGACCGGAAAGACGGGGCGAUCAAUGUUGAUGAUAGCGCCAUCGCCAUUUGCGCGAUCUGAAGUGAUUCACGAUUUGAGAAGGCGAAUGGGGGGAGGACGGACUAUCUCAUUGGGAAUACAGCACGAACUAUUGAUGUACA